AAUCGGGUUAGAUUAUUUAACUAUUCUGGAAGUAAUUUCAUUUCCCGUUUUACAUACAGCUUUUAAGCCAGAGUGAUUAUAAAGCUUGUUUUGUGACCAGAGGCAACAAAAGUGAACAAACAAACGUCGAAACAUUUCAGUUGCUCGAGAACUGUUGAACAUAUCGAGUCGGAAAGUGAUUCAAAAAUUGCUGAAAAAUGUCUAAAAACAGCAGCUUGUUGUUGUGUCUCUGUGUGGCAUUGACUGUGGGCGUGGCAGUGUCGAAUUCUGAGGAUAAGAAACCCAUCACGGAGACAUGUUUGGGUUGCAUGUGUGAGGCAUUAAGUGGUUGCAAUGCCACGGCGAUAUGUGUGAAUGGGGCAUGUGGAAUCUUCAGACUCACCUGGGAUCAGUGGGUUGAUUCGGGGCGCUUAACACUACCUGGGGAAUCGCCCCUAUCAGAGAACUCAUUCACGAACUGCGCGAAUGAUCCAUAUUGUGCCGCGGAUACCCUACAAAGUUAUAUGGUCAAGUAUGGACAGGACUGUAAUAAUGAUGAGCGUCAGGAUUGCCUCGAUUAUAAUGCCAUACAUUAUAUGGGUCCAUUCAAUUGUCAGGCCGAUAUGCCCUACACCUACGAAAGCAUCUUCAAAAGGUGCAUCAAGCGAGUGCAACGAGAACACCAACAACAACAACAACAAUAACAACAGCAGCCACAACAACUGUCUGAAACUUGAAUUAAUUUUUUAUUGUAAUUGCUUUUAUUUAUUCUAGGAAAUUACAGUCAACUGACUGUAUAGAAUUUAGUAUUUAUACUACGAGUAUAUGAGAAUAUCCGCA